CAACGGUCUUGGUCAGAUCCGUUGAGGACUGAACAGCGGGCCACACUUAAGUGGGCUAGAGCGUGGUGUGUAAAGACUACCUGUACUUGGCAAGCCCGCUACUCACCAAGGACUGAUUGGGAGAGUAUUAUAUAUCGUUGGACUAUACCUGUCAAAAAAAUAUGGAACCUGAAAAUAUGGAGUCUGAAAAUACAGAAACCGAAAAUAUGGAAACUGAAAACAUGGAAUCUGAAAACAUGGAAAUUGAAACCAUUUCUUCAGUUUCAGCCCUGCAAGCUCUCUCUAAGCUACUUUAUCCUGAAGAGGAUGAUUUUGAGGCUGGACAGCCAAAUUGUUCAUCUGCUUUUGGAGCCAUGGGUCCUGGGAAUAUUGGACCACCAAGAAUAGAAGAGCUCAAAGUCAUCCCUCAAAACAGUGAUGAAAAUGUCGAGGAUAUCUGGAAUCCAGAGGAAGUUCCAGAGGGAGCAGAGCACCAUGACACGUGGGAUGUUAGAGAAAUACCAGAGUAUGAGAUUAUAUUCAAACAGCAGGUGGGAACUGAGGAUAUGUUCCUAGGAUUUUCAAGAAAAGACUCUUCAACAGCAUGUUGUGAAGAUCUAGUGGUUAAAAUUAAACUGCCGAAUACAAACCCUUCUGAAAUUCAAAUUGAUAUCCAGGAAAUGAUCCUUGACCUUCGCACUCCUAAUAAGAAGCUGUUGAUAACCCUUCCCCACCCUGUGGAAUGCAACAGUGCCAAAGCUUUCUAUAUCCUGGAGACUGAGACUCUUGAAGUCGCCCUAACAAUGAAAAGAGACUUGGAUUUCAUUAACUUCUUCUGAAGCUUCAUGAACAAGAAGGAAACAUGGUAAAACAGCACUGCUAAAAAAUUUUUAAAAAAACCUUUGAAAAAUUGGCAAAUGUCUCCUAUCUUUUUUAUUAUUCUGACAUAGUUCAUAAAGGGUCUAAAUUCAA